AUGUCGACGAUACAGCAGCUUAAGAACUUCAUCCGACACGGAAAGCAAGCUCGAGCCGCCAACGGCGAAACGUCACCCAAGCAGCAAAACUCACCGCCCCAGAAGGCGCAAGUAGGCAUCACCGAGCCAGCGAUCGGCGCUGCCAACCCCGUUCAACCGGCCCCCGAAGCAUACUCGCUCGCUGGCGAUGACCAGCAGAACCGCGUCGCGCAAGCCGGUCACGCUGCCGCCCACGCCGUCGAGCCGAACCAGAACAAGACCUCCAAGGCGGGCAAGAACAUUGACAGCGCCCACAUUGCGAAGCUCAUUGCUGAAGAGAACGAGAGCAAAAGCAAGUUUCCGAGAUACCCCGGCUUAGAGAGAUGGGAGCUGCUGGAGAAGAUGGGCGAUGGCGCCUUCAGCAAUGUCUAUCGUGCCCGAGAUACCACGGGCGAAUACCCCGCUCAGUGCGCUAUCAAGGUUGUUCGCAAGUAUGAAAUGAACAGUAUGCAGAGAGCCAACAUCCUGAAAGAGGUUCAAAUUAUGCGCCAGCUCGACCACCCCAACAUCAUCAAGCUCAUAGACUUUUCCGAAUCGAGGCAGUACUAUUACAUCAUCCUCGAACUGGCUCCCGGCGGCGAGCUGUUCCACCAAAUCGUCCGCCUCACAUACUUCAGUGAAGACCUUUCCCGGCACGUCAUCGUACAAGUGGCCAAUGCUCUGGAAUACCUGCACGAGGAAAGAGGUGUCGUUCACCGUGACAUCAAACCGGAAAACAUCCUGUUCAGCCCGAUUCCCAUCGUUCCGUCCAAGACCCCGAAGCCCAAGCAGCCCGGCGACGAAGACAAGGUCGACGAGGGCGAGUUCGUCCCCGGCGUUGGAGCAGGUGGCAUUGGCCAGAUCAAGAUUGCCGAUUUUGGUCUUUCCAAGAUUGUUUGGGACAAUCAAACCAUGACGCCCUGCGGAACGGUCGGGUACACAGCUCCCGAGAUCGUCAAGGAUGAGCGGUAUUCCAAAUCCGUCGACAUGUGGGCUCUUGGAUGCGUUCUUUACACGCUUCUGUGCGGUUUCCCCCCGUUUUACGAUGAGAGCAUCGAGGUCUUGACAGAGAAGGUUGCCAAGGGCCAGUACACGUUCUUGUCCCCUUGGUGGGAUGACAUCUCCAAGUCAGCCCAGGAUCUUAUUUCUCACCUCCUGACUGUCGACCCUGAGAAGCGAUACACAAUCACCGAGUUUUUGGCUCAUCCAUGGAUCAAGGGCUCCGGCCCCACUCCCCGAGAGGAGAAGAAGUCCCAGCCUGAAAUGCUCCGCGCUUUCGAUGCUACGAAGCUUGUCGACGGCGACCGCCGCUACGACUUCCGUUCCCCCGGUGCCGUCAACCUGCGUGAGGUAUUCGAUGUUGGUUACGCCGUGCACAGACAAGAGGAAGAGGCGAAACGCCGAAAGCAGGUCGGAACGAAGGGUGGUGUACCGGCUCGCUUCCUCAACAAUCUCAACGAGGAGUCCGAGGAUGAGGACCAAGAGAUGGCUGACAGCAAGGAGGCCGAGUACGUUCACAAGCCGUCGCAGGCCACGCAAGCUCUCGAGAAAAGCAUGCGCAACGCUCAGAUUAGAGACCAACAAGAGCAACAACGCGGGCGCGAACGCGAGCGCCAAGCGCCCAUCAACGAGAAGGGCUAUGGCCAGCACUCGGCAGCCAUCACCGCAGCUGCUCGCCAGCAAGUCAGAGACCGUAACAGGCAGAAGGGUGCUUUCGAGCUUAGCCUCGAUGGCGCCACGCUGCUGGGCAGGCGGAAUAAGCAGCCUCUUGCGGCUCAGGCAGGUGGGGCUUAG